AUGAAUUUGCUUCUAUGUCGCCUGUCUAUUCCUUGCUUGCUGCGGAAUACGCUGACGUGUAUUCACCCGCCGUUCCGUCACUGUGCCACUGCAUUUACGGGUGCUGCGGGUCAAGGGUCGCUGGGGCUCAUGGAUGCGCUGUGCACUGCGGCAGGUCCUUUCACCCCUGGCAGAGCGGAGAAGUUGAACGAUGAGAGGGAGGAGAUGGAAGGGAGGGAGCGUACGCAGCAGAAUGAGGGGAGUGUCAGUGGUUCACCCUACCUUGUCCAGAUUGCUGAUAGGUACGGCAUGCCGGCGGAACUCCCUCCUGGUGCGUCGCAGUCCUUUGAGGAAUUGGAGGCAUUGUGCCCCAGUGAUACUCUUCGAGAGCAGCUGCAGCAAUUACGGGCCUCACGGCGCUGGAAAACAUUGACGGAGGUACAACGGGCCACCAUCCCUUUGGUAUUAGAUCAUCGCGACAUUCUCUGCGUUGCACCGACCGCCACUGGUAAAACAUUUUGUUAUGUGUUUCCCUCCAUGUUGCGUUUGGUGUUACAUGCAGGAGGGCGUGAGAAGACAACUGCCGACGGUGGCAGCGAUGAGUUAAACCGGUCUAAUGUUGAGACGUUGUUAAAAGACAAGAUAGCACGGGGGGAGGUUUGCCGUUACUGUGAGCUCGGUGUGGCUUAUGCGAAGGUGUGCCCCAUGACGGGCACCCCGCACCCUCCGAUGCCCGAUCUGCCGGACAAGCAGCUGCGACCAGCGAUGCGGCUCAGUGAGUUAACCUCCGUGGCGGAGCCUCUAUUGCUUAUUCUCGUCCCCACCUCUCAGUUAGUGACGCAGGUGUACCAACUAUAUACUCAGCUGCACGCCGAUUUUCGGGUAAGGUUUCUCGUCCGUGCCUCCAGCGCGGAAGAACAAAAACGCCAUCUAAAGGCGUUGGAGAGCUGUGAUGUGCUUAUCACGACACCGGAGACCAUGCUACCCGCCCUCUACAAGCGCAAGCUAACCUUGAAACGCGUUAAAAUGCUUGUGAUGGAUGAAGUGGACGAGUUAGUCUCCGUAAACCACUUUGAGAAGGUGAAGAUUAUUCUUGGUGCCCUCCCCAAGGCACACGAGCGGCCGCAGCGUAUUUUUUUGGAGCCUCCCUGCCUCCAGUAG